CAGGUGGAUUGUGAAAUAAGUUCCUUCAUUUAGAGGUUCGUGUUGGUAUUCUGCUAAGACGACAUCUACGUCCGCGACAGACGGCAUAAGAAAUGAUUCCAGCAUGGUUUUUCAGACAAGGUUGCGUGUUGAUUCUACUCAUCAGUGUUGCAAAUGUAUUCUGUUCCGAAAUUUCACCCGCAGGACCCCUCAUUCGAAGAUCUACGUAUUUUGGUAACUUGCAAGUCUACGAUAACAAUGAAUGGAAGAAUUUAACCGUGUCUUCGUUAGGCAUUCCGGAGCAGAAGGUUUUAUGUCGGCAGUUAGGAGAUCCAGCUGACUGGACAUAUUACCACAAUAAUGGCUUUCCAUCUACUAAUCAUCUGUCCCUUGAUAUCACCUGUGUGGGCAAUGAAACGAGCCUGUCUAAGUGCCCAACUGUCAGAAAGUCAUUCACUCAGAGCAACGAUAGACAGAUAUACCUUCGCUGUGAAAGAUUAAGCUUUCUGUUAGAAUAUGGAAAUGCAAGGGACGGGCUCGUCGUGGUGAGUGAUUCAGUGCACAAUUACCCCGUGUGUGUGGAUAACAUAUUUGACGGGAUUAUGGCUAGAACAGUUUGUAAGAGUUUGGGUUUAAACAGCUCGAGCCCCCUUGUUAUGUACCCGAAUAUCUACAAGCGGAGAAUCACACGUGCUAUCAAGCUUAAAUUAACAUGUUCAGAAAAUAAGACUGACUGUGAAUUUCAUACGACGAAUACAAAUGAGUUUUGUGAGGAUUCAACCGGUAUAACAUACUUGACCAUUGGGGCAGUCUUUUGCAAGGACGAAGCCUUGGAAUACCGAUUAUCUAAAUAUGAUAACGAAACUAUUGGGAGACUGGAUGUCAAUAUUAGCGGUGCCUGGGGACCUGUGUGCGACACGGCGAACGACAUAGGAUUUGCUCAGAUGGCUUGCCAUGCUAUGGGAUCACCCAGUACGGAUGCACGGUAUUACACCGGACUAUACAGUGGCGGGGACUUUGGCAGGCAGGCACUCAAUCUCGAGUAUUGUAUACCCAUGAAAGGAUCAGAUAGUGGUUUCUGCAAAUACAGCAUGAUUGGUAACCCGUGUGAUAACCAAGGGUACCUCGCCUUGUCAUGUGCAAAUGCUACAGAAGGGCAGAUUCGGUUGCUCACCCAUACAACUGGUACAGAUUCCGGCACAUUACAAAUUUAUCACGACGAUGAAUGGCUGGGUAUUGGAGUUAAUUCUUCCGAAGCAUCAGCUCUACAGGUGGGCUACUGUGGCUUGCAGAACUCUCAACAUGUCUACAAAUGGCGUAGAUGUGAUGAUCAGGAAACAAACUGUCGAGGUGUGGCUGAAUAA